AUGGCCAGCACAUUAAGUCCCAGCACCACGACAUGGACCCAAGGGCCUCCUGCAAUGUCAGAGCGCAUCCAAAAUGCUGCGGACAUCUCGGUCAUUGUCAUUUAUUUCAUAGUGGUUCUGGCUGUAGGAAUGUGGGCGAUACUGAAGACCAACAGGAGCACUGUUGGAGGCUUCUUCCUGGCUGGCAGAGACAUGGCCUGGUGGCCGAUGGGUGCCUCUCUCUUUGCCAGCAACAUCGGCAGUAACCACUUUGUGGGUCUGGCAGGGACAGGUGCAGCUUCAGGAAUUGCCAUCGCGGCCAUUGAAUGGAAUGCUCUACUGAUGGUGGUGGUUCUCGGGUGGUUCUUUGUGCCCAUCUACAUUAAGGCGGGGGUAACGACCAUGCCCGAAUAUCUCAGGAAGCGGUUUGGGGGGCAGCGACUCCAGAUCUACCUUUCUGUCCUCUCCCUCUUUGGGAUAGUGGUCAUUCAACUCUCAUCAAGUAUAUUUUCAGGAGCCAUAUUCAUCCAGCUGGCCUUCGGACUGGACCUCUACCUGGCCAUCUUCAUCCUCCUGGCCAUCACUGCUGUCUACACCGUCACCGGGGGCUUGGCCUCGGUGAUUUACACGGACACCAUCCAGGCGUUCAUCAUGGUCGUGGGCUCUGUGAUUCUCAUGGUGUUUGCAUUCAUUGAAGUUGGAGGUUAUGAGAGUUUUACAGAGAAAUACAUGAACGCCAUCCCAUCUGUAGUUGAGGGGGACAACCUGACCAUCAGCCCCAAGUGCUACACCCCUCAGGAGGACGCCUUCCACAUUUUCCGAGAUCCUGUCACUGGAGAUAUACCUUGGCCAGGACUGAUUUUUGGAAUGAGCACUUUAGCUCUGAAGUACUGGUGUACAGAUCAGGUGAUCGUGCAGCGCUGCUUGUGCGGCAGGAACAUGUCUCACGUGAAGGCCGCCUGUAUCAUGUGCGGCUACCUGAAGCUGCUGCCCAUGUUCCUCAUGGUGAUGCCAGGCAUGAUCAGCCGCAUUCUGUACACAGAUAAGGUGGCCUGUGUGGUGCCUUCUGAGUGUGUGAAACACUGUGGCACUGAAGUGGGCUGCACCAACUAUGCCUACCCAACACUGGUGAUGGAACUGAUGCCUGCUGGGCUGCGAGGCCUGAUGCUGUCGGUCAUGGUGGCCUCCCUCAUGAGCUCCCUGACCUCCAUGUUCAACAGCGCCAGCACGCUCUUCACCAUGGACCUCUACACCAAGAUGCGGAAGCGAGCGUCGGAGAGAGAGCUCCUGCUGGCCGGCAGAGUGUUUUCCACCCUGCUAAUCAUCAGCAGCAUCCUGUGCGUCCCGUUAGUGCAGACAUCACAAAAUGGACAACUAUUUCACUACAUAAGUUCAUUUUCUAGCUACAUUGGGCCUCCAGUUUCAGCUGUCUUCCUUCUUGCCAUGAGCUGUAAAAGAGUCAAUGAACAGGGCGCAUUCUGGGGUCUGAUUAUUGGCCUUGUGAUCGGUCUUAUUCGUCUGAUCACAGAGCUUAUAUAUGGAACGGGGAGCUGCUUGGCCCCCAGCAACUGUCCCAAGAUUAUCUGUGGAGUGCAUUAUAUGUACUUUGGCAUCAUUCUCUUCUUUGUGUCCUCAUUCAUCAUACUGGGAAUCUCCUUCCUAACGAAGCCAAUUCCUGAAGUGCACCUGUAUCGCCUGUGCUGGACCCUUUGGAACAGGACAGAAGAACGGAUUGAUUUAGAUGCAGAGGACAAGAGGCCAGAGGAAGAUGAUGGUCUCCCUGAAGAAGAUCACCCUGAGCAGUCUCGUGGCUGUCUCAAGAAGGCGUGUGACCGGUUCUGUGGCUUACAGAAGACAGGGCCCAAGCUGACCAAAGAGGAGGAGGAAAUCCUGAGGAAGAAGCUCACAGACACGUCCGAGGAGCCCUUGUGGAGGACCGUCGUGAACAUCAAUGCCAUCCUCCUCCUGGCCGUGGCCGUCUUUGCCCACGCCUAUUUUGCCUGA